UUUGAUUGUGUUCUUUCAGGAAAUGUCAUAUCUUUUGGUUUAUUUAUGUCACCGAUCCCUACAUUUGCUCAAAUAGUGAGGCGCAAGGCGGUAGAAGAUUUCAAGCCAGAUCCUUACUUGGCCACAAUCCUCAAUUGUGCCAUGUGGGUGUUCUAUGGAAUGCCAUUUGUUCAUCCCGAUAGCCUCCUCGUCGUUACCAUCAAUGGCAUUGGUUUUUUCAUCGAGCUCGCCUAUGUUUCCAUCUUCUUUAUCUACUCUCCAUGGGUCAAGAGAAAGAAGAUGCUGAUCAUUCUUUUCAUCGAAACUAUCUUCUUCACCGUUGUCGUCCUCAUUACACUUUUGGUUUUUCACAACACUACAAGCAGAUCUUACUUUGUUGGCAUUUUAUGUAUUAUCUUCAAUAUUGGAAUGUAUACUUCUCCAUUGACUGUCAUGCGACUAGUCAUCAAAACAAGGAGCGUGAAGUAUAUGCCAUUUACUCUUUCACUCGCCAACUUUUGCAAUGGUAUUGUAUGGGCUGUUUACGCUCUUCUCAAAUUCGAUCCUAAUGUCUUGAUUCCAAAUGGUUUGGGAGCUCUUUCAGGAUUGAUACAAUUGAUUCUAUAUGCAACUUAUUAUAGAACGACAAAUUGGGACAGCGACGACACGUCGUCCUCGAAGAAGCCAGAAGUGCAAAUGACGAAUGUGUAGUUUUGGGAGGUUGGAUAUAUUUAGAAGUCGACAUGUCGUCUAGCAACUUCUUACCUCCUUUUGGAGCUUCGUUGAAGGCUCAGCUAAAUAACUUGGUGUAAUUUUAAUCAUUGCAUCCAUUCUUUUUUUUGCUGUGUACUUCUAAUUCUUU